AUGGAUUAAAAAAAUAAUUUAUAACCUGGUUUAAUAAUUGAGUCUAGAUUCAAAUUGCUUAAGAAGAUAGGGAGUGGUAGCUUUGGAAUUGUUUACUUAACUUAUGAUUUAGAAGAGAAGGAAUAUUGUGCAACAAAAUUUGAAAGUCGAAAUUUAUAAUUAAGAAUGAUGAAUAGAGAGAUACUUAUUUUGAAAUAAUUGAAAGGCAUAAAUGGUAAAUAGUUAUAAAUUUAAUACAUUCAAUUUCAGGUUUUCCAGAAUUAAUUCAUUAUGGCAAAGAUAGCCAAUAUUAAUAUUAUAUAAGUACAUUGUUGGGUGAGAAUUUAGAAGUCUUAUUAUAAAAAUGCGGUGGUAAAUUUACAUUAUAAACUGUACUUCAAUUAUCUAUAUAAUUGAU